AUGCAUUUAAAGAAGCUCACAAUAAAGGGCUACAAGACCUACCGAGAUCUCACUACCAUAGUCGAUCUACACGCUGGAGUUAAUGUGCUCGUAGGGCUCAAUGGCAGUGGCAAGAGCAAUAUAUUCUCGGCAAUACGAUUCGCUCUUGGUGGGGACGGAGUCAGCAAAGAGCAACAGCGACGGGCUAUGCUCCAUGAAAGUCAGGGGCAGCAAGUGGCCUCAGCCUUUGUUGAGGUUACUUUCGAUAACUCUGAUGGAAAGAUACCUGUAGACAAGGCGGAAGUGGUCCUUCGAAGGACUAUUACCAUCAACACUGACGUGUACGAAUGGAAUGGUAAGGAGGUAACUAAGGCUGAGGUUGAUAGCUGGCUGGAAGGCGCUGGUAUUAGUAAUAAACACAACACGUACUCUAUAGUGGAGAAUGGUAAGGUGACGGCCUUGACGCGAAUGUCUGAUGCUAAGCGAUUGGAUCUUCUCAAGGAGGUAUCGGGAGCUCAUAUAUACGAUGAACGGCGUGCGGAGUCGCUUGCUGUUCUGGAGACUACGAGGAAGAAGAGAGAGCACAUAGCGGAGGUCAUGGAUGAUAUUAGAGGCAAACUCGAUAGGCUAGACGAGGAGCAGAAGGAGCUGCAAGAGGCGAGAGCACUCAGUCGAGAAAGGGUAGCGAUUGAGAGUGUCAUCGCUGAUAGAGAGAAGAGGCAGUGCAGGGAGCGCAUCAAGGAACUCGAGCAGCAGGCAUCGGCGAUUCUGGCCGACCUAGGAGGGGAACAGGGCGUGAUGACGGACAUGUCCGCUGAGGUGGGUCGGGAGAAGUCUGCCUUGGAGGAGCUAACUAAAGAGCUCACCGAGACCUCGACUAGAUUGAGGUUCUUAUCGAAGCGUCGAGAGAAACUAUCUACAGAGCAUGCGGAGAUCUGUGGUGCAUCUGAAGGGCGCGACGAGGCUGUCGAGAAGAGCACAGCUGAGAUGGAGGAGCUACGGGGAAGACUCGAGAGAGCCAACGAGGAGUUGGAUGAUGUGACCACUGCGUUUAAGGGCAAGAAAGCUCAGCUGCAGAGUAUAGAGGAGGAACAGGACUCCUUGCGCUCCGAGUUGGCUGUGGCGACCCGUAAGCGAGAGAAAUUGGCCGUUAAGAAAGGCUCCGGCCCAAGUUACGCAUCGGUGGCGGAGAGGAAUGAGUAUCUCUCCGAAAAGGUGGCAUCCAAGAACCAACGCCUGGAGGAAGUAGAGGGCCUGUUGGGAAAACAAACAGCACAACUCGACGAAGAACAACAAGAGAUUGACCGUAUCGGUGCCGAGAUCGCCCGGCUAGAGGCAGAAAGCCAGGCCUAUGCUGGACAGAAUGGAGAUGCCGAUAUAGCGACCACUGAGAGGAACAUCGCUGACACGCAGGAUGAAAUAAGGCAGAAAAUGAAGGAAAUCAACGCGUUGAGGGAAGAAGAGGAGAGCUUUUCCAGACAGCGGCAAGAGUUACUAGAAGCAGUCUGGCGAACAGCGCCUCGUGCUGUACGAGAGGGGUACACAUGGUUGAUGGAAUCGGGCAUUGACGGUGUUCAUGGGUUACUCAUUGAGCAUGUGGAUAUACUAGAGCAAUACCGUUUGUGCGCCGAAGUCACGGGCGGCUUAUCGUUGUUCAACAUUUUGGUGGACGAUGAUAAAGUGGGAGAGGAAUGUCUCAGCUUUAUACGAGAGAAACAAGUGGAGAUAGGGAAGCCCUUGCGGAUCACCUUGACCCCAUUGGAACAGGUACGAAUCAUUAACAGUGAUGUCUCCUACCCUCGUGGGGAAGUAGCGAAUAUCCUACCACUCGUCGAUGUCAUCGAGAGUCCAGAUUGGGCCCGCUGUGCAGUGGAACAGGUUUGGCGAAGGCAUGUACUCGUGCCGGACCUUGAAAUGGGCGCCAAGCUUGCGGACUUCCAUUUGGAUGCCGUCACCGAAGGUGGAGAUACGAGCACUUGGAGAGGUGUGAUGAAGGGAGGUUACACCAGUCCAGAACGGUACACGAGGCUCCGAGACUGGUAUCACGCUGAGGAGUUGGAGGUGGAUAUAAAUAGGAAUCGAGAAAGAAUAGCCGAAGCCGAAAAACAAGUUCAGCAGCUUCGAACAACAGAGAGGGAGCUACAGGAGCAUCUUGUUGACUUAAGAUGCACUGCUCAAGCUCAGCUCAAUGCCCAAUCCUCCAGGCUUCGGCAGGUGACUGAAGAUCGGGAAGCUGUUCACCGAUUGGAGAAUUCAUUGGAGCUCGCCGCGAAGCUGAAGAGGGAAUAUGAGGCGGAAAGAGAGCAACUAGAACUGGAUAUCAUAGCUAUACGUGCAGAGAUGAAGACGAAGAAGUUGCCAUCUGGAGCCCUCACUGUUGCCGAGGCCCAACAACUAGAGAAGCUGGAGGAGGAAAUCGAGGAGAAGGGACACAGAUUGACACAGAUCACGGAAGCGGCAGGAGAGCUCGCAGACGCCAUCGCGAGGCUUAGAGACCGAGAAUCGCUUCUCAUCGGCAUGCAGAUCCCGAACUUACAGAAGGAGCUCAAGACUGUGGAGAUGAAUUGUACAGAGGCUACCAUCAUUUGGAGGGAACGGCAGCGGAGGCGCCAGUGGCUAGCGGGGGAGUUGGCCGAGAUAGAGCAAGAAUUGGCACUACGAGAAGAGCGGCGAGCUGAGUUGGAGGAGUCCAUAGUGUCUAAGAGUAAGUCAGUGGAAGAUAUGGAGCAGGAAGUGGCAGAGUCCGAGAGGACCAUAUUGAAGCUCAAGGAAAGCUACAAUGAAAAUCAGAAUGAGAUCACGGAUUAUGAAGAUAAGUUCAAAAUCGCUGAUUCGAAGCUGGAUGAGAUCGUCGCGGAGUUGUCGGGUAGUGUUGAGCGAAUUGAAGACGAGACCAAGAAGAUAGGCGAGGGAGUUACCAUACGUCAGCUACAGAGGAGAGCUAUGGAGUGUAGAGGCGAGCUGGAGAAAUACCCUCUUGUUAAUAACAAGGCACUCGAACAGUUUGCUCAGUUUGAUGGCCAGUAUAAGGAGCUACUGCGAAGUCAGGAGGAGAUGGACCAAGGCCAGGUAGCAAUAGACGAGUUGAUAGCCAAAUUAGACGGAGAAAAGGAUAACAACAUCAUCAAGAGCUUUGCUCAAGUUAAUGAACAUUUCGCGGCAACAUUCAGAGAACUAGUUCCAGGUGGCACAGUCAAAAUGAGGCUUCUCAAGCGCGAUCCUAGUCCGGGACUGGAUGAGGGAGAAGACGAGGAGGAGGAGGAACACCAUAUAGGUGCUGCUGCAACAGUCGAUGAGAAGUAUGCUGGAGUAUCGAUCGAGGUGAUGUUCGCUGCUGGAACUACCAACAUGCGUAGAAUGCACGAGUUGAGUGGUAGCCAGAAGUCUGUUGUUGCCGUAGCCCUUCUGUUCGCCAUACUACGUUCAGAGCAGCCGCCCCUUUAUCUGCUAGACGAGAUUGACUCAGCAUUAGAUGCACAAUAUCGAGAGGCCUUCGCGAGGCUCAUAUCGUCUGUGACCAACCCCAACCCUCUAGGGCAUCGUCCUCCCCCACCCGCUCAGGUGAUCUGUAGUACCUGUCGCCCGGAGAUCUGCCAUAUAUCUGAUCGCUGCUAUGAGGUAUCUCUCGAGAAUAGGAGUAGCCGUGUUACACUGUUAUCGGAUUUCCAGCGCUAUUUUGCUCAAGCCUGAAUACUCUACCAUGG